AUGAGGAAGCAGCGAUUUGUUACCACUUUACCAGCAACUAGUGAUACAGAUCUAUCAACCGAGCAAAAUGAUACUUGUAGCACUAUCUUCUCUAGCCAUUAUUCUCUUCAAGAACCUAUGUGGUCUCCUAUUUUCGCUGCUGAUCAAGAACCUGUAAUACCUUGCUACCUCUACCAGUAUCCUGUUAUCCAGAUACCAUCAGAACAAUUCCAAAGUGUCAGUAGCGUACUCAACAGUGCAAGUUUUGCUAUUAAUCCAUAUGAAAGUUUUGCUUACUUUGGCGAUGGACCUUUGGAUUCUGGCGACUUUACCACUUCAUCGCCAAUUUCAGAUUCAGCAUAUGGCGACUGUGUUGUACCUGAAAUAUAUCCUUGCCCAGAAUUACCUUACGAUGGACUUCAAGCAAUACCCGCAGAUAUACCUGAUACUUACCCCAUGGUCACCAAUUACGGUGCAGUAACUCUUCUCCUCAGACACCUGAUCAGGGUAGACAUAUCACCUGAAAAAUCCGUUUACGUGACUAACUCACCAUCUGAAUGCGUGGCUGUUGCCUGUGGCUCUGGAGACCAAAGUGGAGUCGUACAUCCAAACGGUAGAGUUUUCCAUGAAGGAGAAGAUAUUCACAUGAUCACUUUGAAUAGAAAGGCUAAAAUCUGCAAGCGCGGAAUAGUAUUCACAUCAACUGAUCACUGUCUUUCGUAUAUAGUAGAUGCAUCUGGCACAAAGACUACGGCAGAAAAAUUCCGAGAUCUAUCUCAAGAUUUUACUCAACAGGUGUUCUAUUGUGAUACCGUCUCCAGCCAUGCCGUCGACCUAUGCUACAAAAUGAUAGAAGAAGCUGUUCACAAGCAGUACAAAAACGGUGAUGAAGUAUGGAUCGUGGGUGGGUUUCGCAUCAAGCAAGACCAAUGGGGAGAUGUGAAAGUGUCCAGAAACUAUGGACGCAGGGUCAUCAAAGUGUCGCCCACCAAUGGUCAGAUCAAUAUCAAGACGGAUUCGGUUGAAAUCACAGUUGGGAGGUACCCGAACAACUACUUUGUGGUUCGACGGGGUGAUCAAAUGGUGACCGCCAGCUUGAAGUCCUUUACUGUUCAAAAUGGAACUCAAAGGGCAGGGUUCAAUAACACAGGAAGAUUAGUGUUGAAAUAA